AUGAUGUCCGGAUUGUGAAGAGGAAGAGGAGCGCAGAGGAACAUCAGACCUCAUGAAUAAUGGCCACAGAAGGGACCUCAGGCCUUUUAAACUUUCUCUCCAAACUUGGACUGGAGAAAUUCUAUCCCAACAAACUCACUCUUCGGUCUCUCUUGGAGAUCAACAAAAACAGCAUAUCUGAUGGAACUGUUCAAUCGGUGGAUGAAAUACCAUGGUGCUUUCUCAGAAAACUACUUAAAGUCAAUGCUGAAUGUAGGAACUGUACACAAUUAUCAAACAAAGAUGGUGAUGAUGGUGAUGGUGAUGAGGAGGAGGAAAACAAUGAUUUGUUUGGCUUUGACAAGUACACUGCAGAUGACUCUGAAGAAGAAAAUAAGGUUAACCCUCUCGACCUCAUAGUUGCACUCUUCCUUUGUGCUGACAGCUUCUUGCAACAGCAAAUGGCCCUCAAGAUGUCAAUGUGCCAGUUUCCUGUCCCACUGCUGUUGCCCCAUGGUAAAAAGAAUCAGUGUACUCUGAUGCUGUGGGCUCUGAGAACCAUCGUUAAAGAGUGGUGUUCCCAUGAUUUAUCUGAAUCAGAAGGUUUUGUUGAAGAAAACAUUGUCCAAGCAAAUAUACCUUUAUAUUCCUUUGUAAGACUGAAGAACUGCAGUUUAUCCAAGUCCCAGAUUAUGAAUCAGGUUCUCAGCCGUGGCCAACAGAAUCACAGUAUCUUUAUACAAAGAGAAAUGGAAGGAGGAGCAAUUAAAAGAAAAAUAGCCAAUGGAUUGGUGGAGGUUUGCUGGUACCUUCCUUGUGGCAGAGGAAAUCUUGACAUUUUUCCAAAGCCAAUUGCCUUUGCCAAUCUAAGAGGAGACAUAAAUGAGUCAAUCACACAAUUCAACUUUCUUUUUCAAGUGUCUACUGCUACAUUUGUGUUUCUGGACAGAGUUGAAGAAGCUGAGCACAGGAUUCUGACUUCUCUUCAAGAUGUGAGAUCAAAACUGUUCUUGGUUGUUAACCGCAAGGCAGAGAACGGUAGAGAGGACAUGAUGUCCGUCAAGACAAUGCUGGGUGAAUUAGAUUUAACAAAGGCCAGUGUUAAAAUUAAGGAUUCAAGUGAAAAUGGAGCAGUGUUCUCACAGAAAGUUUUUGCAACUAUCAAGAAAUCACUGGCUGACAAAACAGACAGAACGAAUAUAGAACAUAUGCUUAGCCAAGCUGUUGAAUUUGGUCUGUCUGUGGAUGAAUGCAGAAGUGAAAACCAAAAUAAGGUAACUGAUGAGAUCUUAAAAGGAAUAGACUUGAUGAGCAUCCGAGACUACAAAAAACAAGAACUUCCUUUGCAGGGAGAGAACUGGAAAAGGCUAUCAAAGUUAGAAAAGGAAGAGUGUAGACUGACAAAAUCUGGUGACUCAGGCCUUGAAGAGUAUAAAUCUCAGCUACAGGAAGAAAAACAACAAAUCAUGAUGGAGCAAAGGAAAUACAAAAUGACCAAAGGAAUUGAGACUUUUAUUCAGUAUCUAUCUACAAAUGACAAAGAAAAAAGAGAUUUUUUUCUAAAGUGGAUGAAACUCAAGCUUGAUAAACAAUCAAGGAACAAACUGUCCAAUCUGCGUAAUGCAUUCAAAGAGGAAUGCAAGAAGAAAGAUACAAAACUCAUUAAAGAGUUAAACCAAGCUUUGCUGGAUAGUUCUUUAGGAAUAGAGCAUUACAUGAGAGAGAUGGGACUGAUCUAUGAGUUUUCCUUGCAGUUGCAAAACACUGCAGAUGAAAUAUCUCGUCUCCCUGGUUUGGCAGCUGAAAUGUUGUUGGAUGGAUAUCCUUUAGAGCUCUUGGAUGGAGAUGCAUCCAACAUCCCAGAGAGGUGGGUGACAGAUGUGCUGAUGGAGCUUCACAACAAGGUUGGACAGAAGAGCAGACUAUUGGUACUGACUGUGUUGGGUGUUCAAAGUACUGGGAAAUCAACACUCCUCAACACAAUGUUUGGUGUGCAGUUUCCUGUCAGCAGCGGCAGAUGCACAAGAGGAGCUUUCAUGCUCUUCCUCAAAGUUGGAAGGGAUAUGCAAAGCGAUAUGAACUGUGACUUUAUAGUUCUCAUUGACACAGAGGGUCUAAAGUCGCCUCAUAUGGCACAUUUAGAGGACAGUUAUGAGCAUGACAACCAGCUGGCAACCUUUGUUACUGGUUUAAGUGAUGUCAUCAUUAUUAACAUUGCAAUGGAAAACUGGAAAGAGAUGAAAGAUGUCCUGCAAAUUGCAACUCAUGCAUUCUUGAGAAUGAAGCAAAUUAGUAAAAAGCCAGUUUGUCAUUUUGUUCACCAGAAUGUUGGUGCAGUUUCAGCUCAAAGCAGGACAAUAACUGACAGAAAACAUCUCUUGGACCAACUCAAUGAAAUGACUCAACUUGCAGCUGAAAUGGAAAAGCAGUCUGGUAUUAAAGCAUUCACAGAUGUGCUGGAAUAUGACAUAGAAAAGAACAACUGGAACAUCCCAGGACUCUGGCAUGGAACCCCACCAAUGGCAUCAGUGAACACAGGUUACAGUGAAGCUGUGGCAAAUUUCAAGAAAAAUCUUUUGGAGACAGUAAAAAGUGACACAAGAGAUGAAGUCUCAAAGAUUCCUGAGUUUCUUGAAUGGAUGAGAAGUCUCUGGAAAGCAGUGAAAUAUGAGAACUUCAUCUUUAGCUUCAGAAACACUCUUGUGGCUCAUGCUUAUGACAACUUGUGCAAAGAGUUCAAUCAGUGGGAAUGGGAGUUCAGAAAAGAAAUUCUCUCCUGGCAGUCUGGAGCAGAUUUGGAAAUCUUAAAUGCUGACAAUGAAUCUCAGCUAGAAACCUGGAACAGACUGGUUGAAACAAAAAAAUCAGAGGUGUCAGAGAAAAUAACUGACCAACAAACAAUCAUGAAGAAGAAACUCUCUGACUACUACAAAAGGAAAGACAGACACGUUACUCUGAUAGAGAAAUACAAGGGUGACUUUAUCAAUAAUAUUAACAGCCUUGCAAAUGAAAUUAAACACUCUGUCUGUACUAAACUGGACUGCACCCUUGAACUAAAAAUAAGUACAAAGAAGGCUCAGGACAUUCAGAGAAAAUACAGAGGUGUGAUUGAAGAACGAGUCAUGAAGCUCCUAGGUGACUGCAAGGAGUCCACACUGUCCGAUGAACAGCUGACAUGUGAGUUUGAAAAGAUGUGGGUUGAAGCCACUGUAAAUGUGUCUGGUCUGAAGGAGCGAGAUAUUGCAGCAUGUGUGUGGGAGCAGUUGAGAAAAAAUUUCUCAAAUCUAAAUGUUAAUGAGAAAUUGCAGAACAUUCGAGACCAAGAGGAAAUCGGGAGGGGUCAAUUCAAAAUUAGAAGUGAUCAUGUAGACUCCUUUAAAAGGAAAUGUAAACAGCUGCUUAAACCGACAGAUUUGCAGAGUUUUGCCGACAGUGUCAUUGAGUCUUGCACACAGUUUAUAGAUGAUAAAAUGUGGGUUGAAGCCACUGUAAAUGUGUCUGGUCUGAAGGAGCGAGAUAUUGCAGCAUGUGUGUGGGAGCAGUUGAGAAAAAAUUUCUCAAAUCUAAAUGUUAAUGAGAAAUUGCAGAACAUUCGAGACCAAGAGGAAAUCGGGAGGGGUCAAUUCAAAAUUAGAAGUGAUCAUGUAGACUCCUUUAAAAGGAAAUGUAAACAGCUGCUUAAACCGACAGAUUUGCAGAGUUUUGCCGACAGUGUCAUUGAGUCUUGCACACAGUUUAUAGAUGAUAAAGUUAAGACAAAUGGAGAUUAUCAUGACUCUUUCACAAAGGAUCUUCUAGAAAAAAUUGAUACAUCUCUAAGUCAAAGUAACAACCGUCACAAAACAACUACACAGUUUGAGAUCGACCUGAAACUUCACAUCUGUGGCAUUGCCUCAAGGAAGUUUCUUCAAAUGCACAGGAAAUUCUUGUCAGACAAUGACCCUCGAACUCAGCUAGAGAAGUACAAGAAUCAGUACCUGUCAGAUUUCCUAGAUUUGUUCAAAGAGACAGAUCACUGCAAGCGCAAAGCUACUGAUUUUGUAGAGUUUUGUAUCAGGCCUGCUGUGGAAGAGUACAUCAAUAGGUCUCUAGGAGUAGAUAUUGUGGAUGAAAUUUUAACAAGUAGUCAUUCAGCAGUGUACAGCUCACGUUCAUUUUUCCAGUACAGCAUUCUGAAAGAGUUGCUGGAAAAGGAAGAUUUUGAGAGUUUUGUCAAGUACAUUGGUAACUAUGAAAUAUAUAUUAAGGAUUUGAUAUUUCAACACAUUCUGCAAAAAAUGUCAAAGGACACUUUGUGCAAUCUGAGGAACAAGAAUCUGCAGGUUAUACUAAAGAAAAUAACAGGAGCAAUAGAACAGGCCUCAAAAGGAGUAGAUAGUGUUCUGCUGCCAGAUAACAAGGAAAGCAUCACUGAACUCAUCAACAACAUGCGCAAAUAUUUGAUUAAAGACAUCUCAUUUUCAGUGGAGGCUGAAAAAACCACUCUGUUUCAAAUCCAAAGCACAUGCCAUCCAUUUAUCAACAGCCUCAAGAUCUCAAUAAACGACUUAAAGGAAGAAUUUCAGGAGGAAUUCUCAAACUCAAACUCUGACGACAUCACUGAGACUCUGAAGAAGCUUCCUGUCAAACCACAGGAUGAGCUUUUCAAGCGGGUGUUUGGUUGUGGACACCAGUGUCCAUUUUGUCAAGUUCCCUGUGAGGCUGGAGGCAAAGAACACAGGAAACAUCAUGCAGCUAUUCAUUGGCCACAAGGUCUUGCUAGGUAUAGGAAUAUAAACACCAAGAAGAUAGUUACAACACUGUGUACAACUGAAGUGAACAGUAAUAGUGAAUUCAGUAAUGCAGACACUAAAUGGAAGUCUCAUCCUUACAAGGACUACACCACAUACUACCCAGACUGGCACAUUCCUCCAGACAACACCAUAGAGGCAUCUGACUACUGGAAGUAUGUCCUGGUGCAAUACAAUAAAAGAUUUGCUCAAGAAUUCAAAGCCAAGCCAGCUGAUGUUCCAGAGGCCUGGAGGAAAAUCACAAAGGAACACGCACUAAACGGUUUGAAAGACGCCUUCAACAUAAAGUGAACAAUGUACAAUCCUGACAAAGCAGCAUUUAAACAUCCAAGAAUUUUUCAUAUACAAAUAUAAACCUCAGAGAAGUCCAAAAGAAUACAGGAACUGAACGCGAGUGCAUUCUGCUGAACAAUCAAGCAAAUGAAAUAAAGAUCGACACUGUUAAAAAAAUAUCUUCAGCCAAAUUCACCAUGAUGAAAAACAACUCAAAUCUUUAGAAAUCUGUGCUUGAAAUGAUGAAAAUAUAUAUAUAUUUUCUUUUUUUGAUGGAUUGUUUGUUGUAUUUAUUUAAUUUUUUUGCUGUUUUGUUUAAGGAAUUAACUUAAACUUAAACUUCAAAAAACGAUUAAACCAGUUUGUGAGAGUGAAAACUGCAGCCUCCUUUGGUCUGCUGAACAUGAUGAAUUACAAAUAAGUUGAAAAGCUGGAAAUAGUUGUGUUCGACUUUCAGACAUUUUCAGUAUUUAGUUUUUAUUUUAAGUUCAUAGACGUUUGCCUAUUUUCAAUUGUCUGUAGGCCCUCCAGCAUAAUGACUGGUGAGCAUGACAAUCAUUGACAACGAUAAUCAUAAAGUAAAUGAUAAUAUACUAAAAAGAGCAUGUAAAAAAGAGAUCAUGUUUUUUGUUUUUUGGGGGUUUUUUUUGGCUUGUGUUUUUGUUCAAGCUUCUAUAGUGCAACUAUUAUGAUGCUGGCAAUAAAAAUCUUAAUGUUAUGUUUCAAGUACCACAUGGAAAAGAAACUGAUCACGUUUUGUACAAUUGCUCUUUUUGUUUUUUUUAAAUUACAUCUUUCUUCUUUUUUUUCAAGUUGCUAUAUGAAUGUGUAUAUAAUGACUGGUCUGCAACAAUUAUGACACUGACGAUGGAAAUGAUAGUAUUGUGUUUGAAGUACCACAUGAAAAACAGAGAUUGUGUUUUGUACUAUUUCUUUUUUUUAUGAUUACAACUUUUGUUCUUAUUCUUCUUUGUUAAUAUCUUUUAUGGCUAGGUGUGCAUGAUAAUGCUGAUAAUGAAGAUUUACUACAGAGACCAUGUGAAAAAAAAGAUGUUUUGUAGUGGAUAUGCCAGAUUGUUUUAUCUUUCUUGUUUGUUUUAUUAGUAAAUAUGUUUAUCAAACUAUUGACUAUUAUGCAUAAAUGAAAAUGAUGUAGGCCCAUGAAAUACAAUGACCAUCUGAUGAGAUAUUUUGUUAUAUGUUUUACUAUUUACUACUACUUUUUUAUUACUUUUUUAUUUUAUAUUUGCCUGUUAUUAAAUGAGAGUAAUUAAUGUGUGCUUGCAGAAUAAAGUUGAAAUGUAUACAUGUUGAUGCACACACUGUGGCAUCCAGUGACGUGCGGUGAGGUUCAUGGCUGGUGAGGCACUGACUUCAUCACUAGCGCCCUCUACCAUGAGGCAGGAGAACUGCGUGCCUCACCCAGUGCGUCUUCGCAGCCGUUUUAUGAUUGCUCAGCACAAGAAACACGUUACACACAUACAGUUGUUGAUAAAAUACACUGUACAUUAUAUACCUCAGCUAACUAAACUAUGGAAAUUUAUAAUAUAAUUCAUAUAGCAAAAGUGUUUGAACAUUUUAAUAGCGACAUACAGAGAGAUAGCAAUACGGUCUCACUGCACAGCAGGCCAGCAGUUAGCCGAGUCAUUGCGCAAUCCAUGGUGAGGCUCAGCUGGCUGCUGCCUCACCGCAAGUCUCUUCUUAGUAUUUGAACGGUAAAUGUCAAAAUUCAGCGAUUUUGAAUAAAAAUAAUCUAAAACUGGUGAAGUUAAAUGGAAAAUAACUUUAUA